GUCACAAGUUUGAUUACAACAUUCCUGUGAGGAGUCAUUGUGGAUGUAAAUGCUCAGAGCUGAGCAGCUCAGAUGGAAGCAGCAGCUUUGGAUUACGAUCCAGACCUGAAGCCGGUUUAAACCAUGGCUUUGUGGACCGGUAAGCUGAGGUUCGUCUGGACCACUUUCAUCUUACUGUGGAUGUGGGAAACUGGCUGUGACACACAGGCAGAGGACGCGGAGAUUUUCAUCUCUGACAAACAGACCAGACUGGGAUGGACUUCCACCCCAAGCCAAGAAUGGAGUGAGUUCCAGCUGAGCGUUGGUACCGAGGGUCUGGCACCUGUGCUCCAGGCUUGCGGGAAAAGAAUAACAAGAAAUAUUUUGAGCCCGUUGAUGGAGCGUAAUGACGCCCGCUAUCUACUGAUGGACGUCGCGUUUGCCUUAGAAGAAGAGCCCUCUGGUGAGCUCCACCCACUGCGAGUUCACCUUCUCGACACAGACACGCGCCCCCCGAGGUUUCAGGAUUGGGGAGCUGUGGAGCUGCAGACUUCAAAGCGGUUCCCCGACAAACUCCCGCCAAAACAAAUCCUCAGCUACCUGAACCGCAGCUCGGCCCUGAGCCUGGGCUCCGUCAGCCACAGACACUUCCGGGUCACGUUCUCCUACUCAGGAACGUGUGUGUUGUUAACCUCCAUCAGACUGUACUACAGGAGGUGUCCUGACGUCAUGGCUCACCUGGCCUCGUUUGGGGGGACCGGGGCCGGGUCCGGGCCUCGGACUGGUUCCUGUGUGAAGGGAGCUGUGGAGGUUUCUCCGCCGGUCAGAACGUGUGGUCUGGACGGGGUGUGGGGGCCGCUGCAGGGGGGCUGCACCUGUCGACCCGGGCAUCAACUCGUGGGCGACGCCUGUCAAGCGUGUAGGAUGGGCUACUACAAACCAGCCAAUGACAGCGCAGGAUGCCGGCAGUGCCCCGCCAACACCAGGACGCACGUGGAGGGAUCGGAGACAUGUGACUGUCUGCAGGGUUUCAGCCGCCUGCCGACUGAACCUCAUGUCCACAGCUGCACCAAGCCGCCCUCUGCUCCUGUGAACCUCACAGCCCACCAUCACAAUGACUCAGUGCUGACAGUGACGUGGGAUCCUCCUCUGGACCGGGGAGGGAGACAGGAAGUGAUGUAUCAUGUGAGGUGUGAGAAGGAAGCAGAGGCCGGCAGCGGGUGGGAGGCGUGUGGGGGCGGCGUGAUGUUCCUUCCUGACUCUCGGGGGCUGACCAACACAUCGGUCAGCAUCACAGGAGUGAACCCGCACUCCGGCUACAGGCUGUCAGUGCAAGCCUCCAAUGAUAUAUCCAGCCUGCAGGGGGCGACACUUGCAUCCACUGCCACAGUGACCAUUCACAGAUGGAAGGAGCCUCCUGUGGUGAUCCCUGUGACCCCAGGCCCGAACAUCUCACAGGAAGAAGUAACACCAGCUCCUCGACAACAGAGACGCUUCUCCAUACUGACACUGACAAUUGGUGUUUUAUUUGGUAGCCUAGUGCUGAUGGCUGUCAUCCCCAUAGCUGUGUGCGUCCUGCGCCGGAAAUACACUAAACUCCGGUCAGACCAAGAACUUGUGGAGCUUUUUCCAGUAAACGCUGAAUUUUCCUACCGACGUCCAGAGGUGGUGGAGGAGGCUGCAGCUCAGCAGGACGACAUGGGAGGGGGUGUGGCCCAGUUGUUGGAGGGGCUCAGUGACAGGCUGCUGGCCAGUCUGAAGGAGGUCCUGGUGGAGAGAAACAUGUUGACCCUGGGCAAGGAGCUUGGCAAAGGAGAGUUCGGCUCAGUCUAUGAAGGAGUUUUUACGCCGGAGGAAGGCGUGGACAUCAAGGUGGCUGUGAAGACGAUGAGAGUGGGAAUCCAUCAGCAGGAAGACUUGCAUGAGUUCUUGAGAGAGGCAGAGAUCAUGAAGAACUUUGAUCAUGAAAAUGUGGUCAAACUUCUGGGGGUCACUCUACAGAGAGAGCAGGACUCUCCUCUGCCUGUUCCUCUGGUCAUCCUGCCCUACCUGAAACAUGGAGACCUGCGCCGCUUCCUCAUUGCUACACGCUAUGGUGAUAUUCCUAUGUUUGUGCCCCAUCAGAGUCUCCUGCGCUUCAUGAUCGACAUUGCCGCAGGGAUGAACUACCUGAGCUCGCAGGGGUUUCUUCACAGGGACUUGGCUGCACGCAACUGCAUGCUGGGCGAUGACCUCAGGGUGUCUGUGGCUGACUUCGGUUUGUCCAAGAAAAUCUACAGCAGCAAUUAUUAUCGUCAGAAAGUAGCCGUCCGUGUGCCGAUCAAGUGGCUGGCCAUGGAGAGCCUGUCGGAGUCUGUGUACACCACCAAAAGUGACGUGUGGUCAUUCGGGGUGACCAUGUGGGAGAUCGUGUCCCGGGGGAGGACUCCCUAUCCUGGGGUCCAUAACCACGAGCUGCUGGACCUGCUGCAUUCUGGACUCAGGCUCAAACUGCCUGAGGAGUGCGACCAGAAACUUUAUGAAGUCAUGCAGAGCUGCUGGGAUAAGGAGCCGAACCGGAGGCCUGGCUUCGGGGAACUGGGCGAGACACUGAAAGGUCUUCUGUCGGAGCUUCCGGUCCUGGAGGCCAGCCAGGAGGCCAGCUACAUCAACCAGGGCCUGGAGGCUGCCGCUGCUGUGGCUGCCUCUGUGGAGCCACAGACGGACUCUGGGGGGAGAAAGGGAAACGUCUACCUGCCGACUCCUGUGGUGGCUGCAGCUGCUGCAGCCAGGGAGGAGGAUGUGGAGGAAGAGGAAGAUGGCUACCUUAAGUAUCUCACUGGCACAUAUGUGAAGGUGGAUGAUAAUCACUAAAAAAGAAGAAGUGAGACGAAUGAGCUGUGUGUGAAAGAGAGAUGGAGAUGUAUGUGUGUAUAAACCACUCUUGCAUAUCCAGACCCUGGAAUCUGAUUGGCCACCAUGUGUGCCCCCGUACUGAAUCUGAUAAUUGAGGAACAAUUGCACUUUUUAAAAUAUUUUGUAAAUCUGUGUUGUAUAUUUUUCUACCAAAAAAUGUUUGUUACUAGAAAAGUUACACAAGUGUGUGGAAGUUUGUUUCUGUCAGGAAAAAACACAAAGAUAAAAAAUAUUAGUAAUGUUUAAAAUAACAAUACUAAAAUUACAAGAUGCUAAAUCAAAACUAUGAGAUUCUAGGUCAAAAUUGCGAGUUGGGUUGGAUAAAAAAAAUUUCAAAAUAAUCUCAGUUUUUAUUUGAAUGACCUGAUUAUUGAUUCUUAAAAUCCCAAGACUGGUCUUUGCAUUUGCGCUUUUUUCUUAGUAAACAUGUACAUCUGCACUAAAUGUUAUGUGGCUAAUUGUUGUAAGUGGUACUGUCAGGGUUGUAUGAUGUGAUAAAAUGUCUGCUUUGUGGAAAAUGUUUUAAUUGCAACGUGCACAAAAAGGUUACUUUAAGUUAAAAAGCAAUGUCAGUGAUACAGUAGCUGCUGUUUGAACCAUCCUGAGUCACCACAGUCUCAGAAACAGAAAGAGUUACAGUCGAUGUGGACUCACUGCUGUUUUUUUUGUUGUUUUUUUGUAUUAUUGUUGCUCUACUGUUUUGUACAUUUAAGCCUAAAAAUGUUUUUUAUUUUAGUUGUUUUGCACUUGCAACGACAAUAAACCCUUGUUUUAAAACUGCAAA